GCAAAAGGAGGGGGAAAAUCUCUAGGGUUUUAGAGCGCGGAAACAGACAGGGAGAAAAGGAGUGAAGGGAGACUUCCGGGGCUAGGGUUUCUGAUUUGCGGGCCAAAAAAGAAGGAAAGAUGGUGGCAGACAAGGGAAAGAAGAUGAAAUUGUCUGAGAAAGGAGAAGAUGAGAACUCGGAGCAAAUUGAUGGAGAGCUUGUCCUUGCCAUCGAGAAGGUGCAGGAGCUCCAAGACAAGCUCGAAAAGAUCAACGAAGAGGCUAGUGAGAAAGUCUUGGAAGUGGAACAGAAGUAUAAUGAGAUACGCAAGCCUGUGUAUGAUGAGCGGAAUGAGCUCCUGAAAAACAUUCCAGAUUUCUGGUUAACUGCAUUCUUGAGUCAUCCUGCCCUAGGUGGACUUUUGACUGAAGAGGAUCAAAAGAUAUUCAAGUAUAUAAGCUCUCUUGAAGUGGAGGAUUUUAAAGAUCUCAAAUCUGGAUACUCUAUUACAUUUAACUUCAACCCCAAUCCUCAUUUCGAAGAUACUAAGCUUACAAAGACAUUUACCUUUAGUGAUGAAGAAGGAACAAAGAUUACUUCUACUCAGAUCAAGUGGAAAGAGGGCAUGGGCUUGCCAAAUGGAGUUAAUCAUGAAAAGAAAGGAAACAAGCGACAAUUAGCUGAAGAAAGUUUCUUUACCUGGUUUACUGAUGGCCAACAGAAAGAUGAAUUGGAUGAACUGACAGAUGAGAUAGCAGAGAUCAUCAAGGAGGAUCUGUGGCCCAAUCCUCUCACUUAUUUCAACAAUGAUGCUGAUGAGGAGGAUUUAGAUGGUGAUGAAGAGGGGAAAGAUGAUGACACAGAUGAUGAGGACGAUCAAGAUGAGGAUGAUGAUGAGGAUGAUGGUGACGAGGACGGCAACUAAACUUAAGGCCUUUACAUAAGUUGGUAACGUUCGCUAUUUUGAUAAGAGCUUGUGUAAAGUUGACUCUAAUGGUUGCUUAAGUCCAUGGCUUAUGGUGAGGAUGACCACCUUUAGACAUAGGUUUUCUCUUGUCCUAUAAACAAACUGGAACUACUGUCAGUUCAGCUUCAACCUUUUUUCUUUGACUUAUCGGAUUCCUUCAUGAUAUGCGAGCUUCUAAAUGGUGUUGCCAUGAUGACAGUUUAUUUAUAUAGCUAUGCUUUGAACUCUUUUAUGAAGAAAGUGUAAAAUUAUAU